AUGUCUUCGGCACAGAUCGCAACCUUGCUCAAACCGCCUUCUUCUGCGGAAUCGCACACGAGAGCAAAGGACGCAAUCAACUCCCGCUUUCAUUCCGUGGACGACCUCCAUGAUCUUGACAGCUUAGUAUUGCAGUUCCAGCAGCGAAGGGAUGAGUUGGCCAGCACGCUAUCCACAUCUCAGACUCACGUCAAUAAAGUCCUUGACCAGACCCGCCACGCCGUCCGAAAUCAUCUAGACGAAGCACAACAAUUGUCACUCCUGCGUCAUUCUUUGAACGAUCAACUUUCAGAUUUGACUAAAGAAUUGGUAUCUCUGGAAUACAACGAUGAUAGGGAGCCCUUAUUAUUGGAGGACUUAGAGACGCUCCAUCGGAAUUUGAAGGAGCUCGUAUCAGUCAGGGAAUACGUUCAGGUCGUUGAACACACACUCAAGCUCAGUGAAGACGCAGUCGACUCGAUCCGAAAGUCGACGAUUUUGUCGACAGAGUCCAUGAAACCGUUCAAGGCGCUGCAAUCCUAUGUCUUCCAAGUAGCAGACACUUUCUCGACAUUGGAAGAUGAACCAAAGCAACGCCUGAAUUUGGUAGUAUUUCUCGAAGGUCUCCGGGAUAGGACGUGGGCCGGUAUCAAGGGCGUUCUAUUCAGUGGCCUUGUAGAAGCUGCAGAGAAACUAGGGUGGCCAGCCCCAGUCAACUACCCAACAUAUUCAGAACAGGAUCGACGGGCAUUUGAAUCUGCUUUCCUUAAGUUGCUUAGACUCCAAAGCAUGGGCAAAGAUAUAAACGCCAACUCGUCUUCGAGUGAAAAAGAUGGCCUCUAUCCCCUCCAAGCACUCAUCCAGCCUAUUUCAUUGCGCUUCAAGUAUCACUUUGAAGGUUCACGGCAAACGAACAAGCUCGAGAAGCCCGAAUGGUAUCUUACACACAUUCAAAAUGUCAGUCACGAGCACGCCCUAUUUAUGAACAAUAUCGUGCAGCGUUUGCUCGACAAAACUGAAUACAAACGUUUUUCAGCAUGGAAAGAAUUCACUCUCCUUCUGUUCCCUUUACUGUCUCGUAAACUCAGAAAGACAGUGCCGGUUCUAUUGGACCAUCCGUCCCUGUUCGCGCACACCAUUUAUGAGGCGCUGGCCUUCGACUCUGCCAUGCGAGAGGAAGGUUUCACACUAGAAGGGACUUCUGCUGUUGCCAACCAAGAAAACGAAGUGAAAUGGGAGGGAAUUAGCGACGUCAUUCUCGGGAACGCCGAUUGGUUUGAGACUUGGCUCGAAGGCGAAAAGCAAUUCGUAGAAGACCAGUACAAUGACAUGAUUAACGCUCCGGACGCGUGGCUCAUCUCAGAAGAAAUCGACAACGAUAGCCACCUGCAAAUUCUACGGCCAACAGUCUCAUCGAGAAGAAUCAAGUCGUUAGUGGAGCAGGUGACAGAUCGCUAUUCGCUUCUUCCUCGCGCAAUUCACAAGGCACAUUUCCUCAUCAUGGUCCAACUACCCCUGUUGGAGUCUUAUCAGAGCAGGAUCUCUUCGUCAUUAGUGGCGUUUGAGACUCUUUCCUCUGCGUUCGUGCGUGCCGUACCUGGGGCUCUCGGUUUUAGUGGAAGGGAAGCCAUAGCAUCCCCUGACGACCCUAGGAAUCGUACUAGCGGGACUGCUGGAGCGAACAGUCUCUGUAAAGCGUUGCUCACUGCCGGAUACAUUGAAUCAUGCUUGGAGACAUGGGGUGAUGACUUGUUCUUCCUCCAACUGUGGUCGGAGUUUUUCACGGAUGAUACCCUUCAAAAUUGGGCGAAGAAGACGCCCUUGUUACCCUAUGUCACGGACCUUGAUGCAGCUGGACCUCGAGAGACAAUUUUCAAAGAAAUGCUAUCACGAUACCACGACCUAACGGUUAGAGCUGAAGACAUGAUCGUGCAGCUGGUCUGCAGCGAAGUUGAGGCAGGCUUGCGAGCCCACCGGGCGGCUGCAUCCUCGUCCGCGGACGAGCCAGUGUCAGAGUUUGGAUUGCCACAGACCCUGCUUGUGGCCAUCGGGCUACUUUCUUCUCACCUCACCUUCCUUCGAACGACCUUGCCGGGCACCAUUUUCACAGUGCUCUACCGCCGCAUUGCCAAACGAUUGGCGGAACAUGUCCUGCACCACCAGAUUCUAUAUCGAGGUCACUUCUCACUACAAGAAGGGAAGGCCACUUCUUCAGAAUGUGAACUCUGGGUCGAGUCGUGUUAUGCCGCGGUGGAAGGUGCAUUGGGAGGUGGCAGGCAACGGGUCCAGGCUCCUUGGAACAAAGUCCUUGAAGCUGGAAGGUUGGUAGGAUUAGACAGUGAGGCCUGGGAUAAGGUGGUCAGGGUUACCUUUGGAUCACAGAGCGAUUCGGAGUGGGAGGACGUGAUUACGGAGUUGGUAGGGGUGUCGGAGAUGGAUCGUGACGAGGUCUCCGCAAUCCUCAAACGCAGACAAGACUAG